CAUAUUUUCUAACUGCAUUUAUAAAUGAAACUGAAGCGCAUGAUUAUGCCUCAACUAAUUUUAAUACAUUUCUUUUUCAAAUUACUGGCUUUGCUUGUGCAGUAUGGCAGACUGUAGUUGGGAAAGUGUUUGACUAAAGGUGAACAGGGGCCCUGGGCAGAGCUGUUGUUGAGCUGUUGCCAGGGGCCCAAAAUGCAGCCCCUGGGGAAAGUGGUAACCAAAUGUAUUCACAUGAGUAAAGGAUUUUAUACUGUGGAGGGAGAGACUGUCUCAGUCAUCAAAGUAGGAUGUUUGUUCUCAUCUGGGCGACUCUGUUCUUCACUGUGUGGAACGACAAUCCAGUUCUGAGUCAGCAGCCCACGUUGACAACCCCUCCAAUGACAGGGGGACAGGAGACCAAACUGACCUGCACGGCUCCUGGUCUCUGCUCUGAAUCUGAUCUUAAAAUCACCUGGAUGUGGCGAGGAAGAGGAGAGCACAACUCUCAUAUCACAGGAAACAUCACAGCCAAUCAAGGAAAAAACUCAACUUUGACCUUUAUCUCUUCAGCUGAACACCACGCUACAGAGGUCACCUGCAGGGUCAGCUGCACAAAUGACAUGGCAGAGCAGAACGUGACUCUGAAUGUAACCUAUGUUAAGAAACCUGAAAUCACUGGAAAUGCUACUCUAAAGGAGGGUGAUACUCUGACUCUGACCUGCAGCGUUGAAAGCUUCUCUCCAUCCCGUAUCAUCAACAAAACCCUGCUCAAUGAAACCAUAAAGGAAAAGAAUUACAACGUAAAGGCUCCUCUCAUCAUCCACAACGUGACAGCAGAACAUUCUGGACAAUACAUCUGUACAGCAGAAUACCUGGGAAACUCUCUGGCAGAACACAUUAAUGUAACAGUGACGUAUGUCAAGAAACCUAAAAUCACUGGGAAUUCAGCUCUAAAGGAGGGUGAUACUCUGAAUCUGACCUGCAGCGUUGAAAGCUUCUCUCCAUCCCGUAUCACGUGGACUAAACUUGGCUCUAACGAAACCCUGCUCAAUGAAACCAUAAAGGAAAAGAAUUACAACGAAAAGGCUCCUCUCAUCAUCCACAACGUGACAGCAGAACAUUCUGGACAAUACAUCUGUACAGCAGAAUACCUGGGAAACUCUCUGGCAGAACACAUUAUCAUAACAGUGACGUAUGUCAAGAAACCUAAAAUCACUGGGAAUUCAGCUCUAAAGGAGGGUGAUACUCUGAAUCUGACCUGCAGCGUUGAAAGCUUCUCUCCAUCCCGUAUCACGUGGACUAAACUUGGCUCUAACGAAACCCUGCUCAAUGAAACCAUAAAGGAAAAGAAUUACAACAAAAAGGCUCCUCUCAUCAUCCACAACGUGACAGCAGAACAUUCUGGACAAUACAUCUGUACAGCAGAAUACCUGGAAAACUCUCUGGCAGAACACAUGAACGUAACAGUGACGUAUGUCAAGAAACCUAAAAUCACUGGGAAUUCAGCUCUAAAGGAGGGUGAUACUCUGAAUCUGACCUGCAGCAUUGAAAGCUUCUCUCCAUCCCGUAUCAUGUGGACUAAACUUGGCUCUAACGAAACCCUGCUCAAUGAAACCAUAAAGGAAAAGAAUUACAACGAAAAGGCUCCUCUCAUCAUCCACAACGUGACAGCAGAACAUUCUGGACAAUACAUCUGUACAGCAGAAUACCUGGGAAACUCUCUGGCAGAACACAUUAAUGUAACAGUGAUGUAUGUCAAGAAACCUGAAAUCACUGGGAAUUCAGCUCUAAAGGAGGGUGAUACUCUGAAUCUGACCUGCAGCGUUGAAAGCUUCUCUCCAUCCCGUAUCACGUGGACUAAACUUGGCUCUAACGAAAACCUGCUCAAUGAAACCAUAAAGGAAAAGAAUUACAACGAACAGGCUCCUCUCAUCAUCCACAACGUGACAGCAGAACAUUCUGGACAAUACAUCUGUACAGCAGGAUACCUGGGAAACUCUCUGGCAGAACACAUUAAUGUAACAGUGAUGUAUGUCAAGAAACCUGAAAUCACUGGGAAUUCAGCUCCAAAGGAGGGUGAUACUCUAAAUCUGACCUGCGAUGUUGACAGUGUCCCUCCAUCUGUUAUCAUGUGGUCUAAACUCGGCUUAAACAACAACCUGACUGGACUUGUCCAGCAGGGUGCUGGAAUGGCCAUACUUGUCAUCCCUAACAUGACAGCAGAAUAUUCUGGACAGUACCUCUGUACAGCAACACAUCAGACCAAAAUCCUGAAGGAAGGAGUAAACAUAUCAGUGAUAUUGUAUCCAAAGAUCCUAAACAGCUCACGAUGCAUAAAUCAGUCUGAGGGUCUGACUUGCAUGUGUAUCAGUCAGGGGGUUCCCGUUCCCACCAUCAAAUGGCCGCUGUUGGAGAACCACACCGAGUACACUCACAUUAUCACUGUGUCAAACCACACAGUCAACAGCACAGUCACCCUAACUGUAAAAGACUACAGUAACACUGUUGUUGAGUGUGUCAGCCACAAUAGAAAUGGAGAAGUAAAAGAGAACCUCAUCAUAAAAAACAUCGAACAAAAAGAAGAAGGUCAACCCAUGAAAUUGAUAAGAUUUAUGACACGGCUGGAAAUAAUCAUUGCAUUUUUGAUUGGCGUUCUUAUUUCUGGCGUCAUUUGUUGUUUGACAAGAAAAUGCCACAGACAAAAAAAGAAGACCUGUGGAAAUGUGGCUGAGACUCUGCUGAUGGUGACAAGUCACAAGGAUUCUCUGACAGAUGCUGGUCAUGCAGUGGAAGAUUAUCAGGCCAUCUACCAAGAGGCAGCUGAAGUAGAAGGAGGAGCUGUGGCGGCAGAGAAAUCAGACACGGACUACUCCAACAUUAAUUUCUCCCUGAUUAAAAGAAAGAUUGCGGCAAAGGCAGGGACAACACGUGGGACCACAGAGACAGAGUAUGCUGAAAUUAAAAAAGAAAAAACAGAGGCGAGACAAGAUGGAGAGGACAAAGAGGAAGAGGAUAUGAUAGGUGAGGAUAAGGAGAGAAAACAUUGUGUACCGGAUGAGCAGGAAGGGGAGGAUGUGGCACUGUAUUCCAGUGUGAAGGAUAUAAUCAAAUUUGAGCACAGUGUUGUUUAGUUAUUUGAGGAUAUUUGAGAAGUUAUUUCUGAAAUUUGUUCUGAUUUGAUGGAUGAUUGCUGUUAUGUGUAAUUGUUCUGUGUGUAGUUUCUGCAAUGGAACUGUGAUUAUCAAAAGCCAACCUGCAGUAAUGCUCAAAUGAUUGUUUAACAACCAUAAUGUAGUAGUUAUUUGGUUAAUCAUCUCUGUUGCAGCACAGGAGGUUGGUUGUAUUAGUAUAGAAUGUUAGUCUGUGUGAAUAAUUUAUUAUUAUUUUACUCUAUGUGUUAUUGUUAUUUAAGAAAUAACUAUGAAACCGGAAAGCUGAAAUCACAUUAAAUAAAUUGAGAAUGUA